CCGCUACCGGCUUACUUGGUGACGAAGCGAAACAAAACAGAAAGUAUAAGUAGAUGUUCCGUGUUAAACUCAAACAGAAUCACCAAGAAGAAAGGAACAGAAAAACCAAACCCUAAUUUUAAUUAUAUAAACACUCCUUUUAUUCACAAUAACGCAAUUACAGAUACAUACCCUUCUUCGUUUGGCAAAACAAAUCCCUAACUUCAAUCAUCGAUAAUUUCUUGAGACUUAUUGUUCUUCCAAUUUAAUCAUGUCUAAGCCCUCCUUCAAGAUUCAACAUCCUCUGGAAAGAAGACAGGCUGAAGCUUCUCGCAUUAGAGAGAAGUAUCCCGAUAGAGUACCUGUGAUUGUGGAGAAAGCUGGAAGAAGUGACAUUGCAGACAUUGACAAGAAGAAGUACCUUGUCCCAGCUGACUUGUCUGUUGGUCAAUUUGUCUAUGUUGUCCGCAAAAGAAUUAAGCUCAGUGCAGAGAAGGCUAUCUUUGUUUUCAUCAAUAACACUCUACCUCCAACUGCUGCUCUGAUGUCUGCUCUUUAUGAGGAACAUAAGGAUGAGGAUGGCUUUCUUUACAUGACUUACAGUGGAGAGAACACCUUUGGAUCUCACUAGUCAUUAACUCGCGAUAACCUUCUGUAAAUACCAGUCCAUUGUCAAUAUACAUGGCCUGAGCGUAUUGUCAUUCUGCUCUUUUAAUUAUUUUCGUUAUCCUCAAUUUAUGAAUUUCAAAUUUUCAAAUGGUGGAUUUAGAUUUGGUUACCAUUUGAAUUCUCAGUUGUGCGUUUCGGUAACAUUGUCUACUUUAUUUAUGGUGUUAUUUUUGACUGAAAAUUACAGAUAAGCAUUAUUUAUUAGAGUUUUCAAA